CCCGAGGAAGGGAGUAGAAUUGUGUUGCAGUCUUCCGGUGCUUUUGGUUUCUCUCGCGUGAGUCUUAUUUGAGCAAUCUUUUAUUAGAGAUUUGGGUUUCUUUAGAUAUUGUAGGAAAACUGCAGCAGCUAUGGGACCAGCGGAAAAGAAGCCGGCCAGGCCAGCAGGGAUCGCCGAGUGGAUCAGAGCUGCGUGCCGCUUCGCUACCGACAGGAACGACUUCAGAAGAAACGUGUUGGUAAAUUUGGGCCUGUUUGCUGCUGGUGUUUGGGUUGCUAAGAAUGUGUCCGACUUCGAUCUGAUGGCACCCCAGCCCAUCUGAUAACCAAUCAGGACGAUUGAUUAAGCUUUCUGAAUGUGACCAGACUGGUCUGUGAGAGGCUGGGAAUCGUCUGAGGAGAGAUGUGCUGCUGGACUGAAGAAGGAAGGGGUUUGCUCUAUCAUAUUGAUGAGGCUGACAAUAAAGCUAUUUAAGACAUUCUGAA